AUGAGUAAUACACCUUCGACAUCGUCAGGCAUCAAGCAAUUCUUAACCGAAGAUCAGAUUGAAAUCGAACGACAACGUCGACAAGCUGAUUGGGAACGUGUACGUUCGGCUACUGAUCCAGUUGAAGCACCAGCUGCGGUUUUCGAUUCACGAUCUUUGUAUGACAAACUCAAAGAGCAACAUGAUGCAAAAAAGAAGGAAUUCUUAGAUAUGUGGGCAGCAAAAAACUCUAUUCGUGGCCUUGAUGAAGAUGAAACGAGUUUUUUAGCACGAAUUGACAAGGCGAAGAUAGAGAAACAACGUCAACUAAAACAAAUGGAACAGGAAGAAAUCGAAGAAUUGAAAAGAGCUCAAAAAGAAAUGGAAGAAGCUGCGUUAAAUAAUCGACCAACGACAGCAACAACAACGACGUCGUCGAAACCACACGUGACACAACCGGUUGUUAAUAAACAAAAACAAUUGCUCAGCGGAAUCGUCAAACGAAAAACGAAUGAAACGUUGAAACGUCCGUUAGAGGAAGCAACUGAAGAGGAUACGUCGGCGCCACCAGCUCGACUACCACGUCUACUCGUUCCUGGCGGUCGUCUACCUGGUAUAGGUCCAGCUGAAGGUUUCUCCGAUUCAUCUGAUUCCAAUGAGAGUAGUGAUGACGAUGGUCUUUCUCGCCAUUCCAAUAGUAUCGGUCUUCAGACUUCAAUAGCCCAACGCAAAAAACUAGCUAAACAACUGCAAGAUCUCGCUGCAGCAUCAGCUGGUAACGGUGAUUAA